AUGGUCCGAGGAAUCACCGGCGGCAGGAGCCGGAAUCCCGCAUCCCGGAUAGUUGGCGCACUGUUUGCGCUGGCGGUCUUCGGCGCGGUUGGGGCGGAAAACCAUUGCAGUGAGCAUCGGUACGCCCACUCGCUACACACCCACCAUCUGCAGUUCACGAAGGAAGUCCCCGACCGGGAGUAUGGCGUGCUGAAGCAGUUCAAAAGUUUGCACUGCUGUGGCAAAGGGUACCGCAGUAUUGAAUGGUUCAAAAACGGUAAACCGCACCCGUGGAGCAAGGACGUGUCGUCGUUUAUCGUGUACCCGGAGGCGGCCAACCAGACGAUCUACAGUCCGCGCGUCGAGGAGAACGACGUCGGCAACUACACCUGCGUGCUGCGCAACGAAACGCACGCCAUCCGGAACAACAUCGAGCUGCGGCUGCAGGACAAACUGGACAAUCCGAUGCCGACGUUCAAGCCGAAAGACCUGAUGGUGGGCGUUGGGGAGAGCGCCCGGUUCUAUUGCGAGGCGUUCGUCGGCAACCUCUAUCUGCCGGACGCAACGAACGAGAUACUGUGGAUGCAGAUGUUUGACGACAAACCGCACCAGGUCACCGACGGGAAGCAGGAAAACGUUACACGAGAGGAAGGACAGAUCAUUGGGUCGUACCUGUCGAUACCCAACAUCCAGGCGCACCAUUACGGACGCUAUCGGUGCCAGAUAGUGUCCGGCAAUUCAGCGCAACCGCUCGAACUGAACGUCCUGCUGUCGCCGGUCGAGGUGACGUCGAUCUCCGAGUCUUGCCUAUCGGUACUGGUGUACGGCAUGGCCGUAGGCCUGUUCGUGCUGGUCCUGGUGACCGCCUGGAUCUGCCGGACCGUGCACCAGCGAACCGCGGGCAAGAAGGCCAACAAUCGCUGCUCCGCCCAGUUCAUCGCCAAAAAUGAGCACCACGAAAGUGUGUAAGCUGGCUGGGCUAGCUGUGGCUGGACGGUGUGGACGGUGAAACCCCCGGCGGAGGUGAUGAAAUCCCCCAGAAGAGACUGAGUUUAAUGCGCGGAGAUGAGACGGCGGGGUCGACUACAAUCGCGGCGCGAUCGUGGAACGCCUGCGUGUUGUGCUGUAUCGAGGUUGAGAGCUCCCUGGUCCGCGUGAUGAUGCUGUUGUGGCCAAGGACACUAACAAUAUAUGUUGUGUGUGUUUGUGUGUGUAGAUGUACACGGCACGGUCCGGCAAGUUUGUUUGCCUCGGACCUAGAACGGGGGAACCCUUUCGGAAUUUAACCCCCCAUCAACAUCAAUCCCUUGGCCAAAUCCCCGAAUGCCGUAGAAGCCCCCGCUCCACCCCAUGCAGAGUUUGUGAUCUUUCCUUACCCAUCUCCUCACGUGCCGGGCGAGCUUUCCUUUCGUUCGGUGUUUAGACGGAAGAUGCAUGUCGGUUCCAGUGAUCAAGAGUGGAGUGUGAAACGAGUUGGGCGCGCGAGAAUCGCUGGAGUCGAACACGCGACGAAGCUCUGUUAGAGACAUGUUUUGCUAAAAGCAAUCAUUAGAUUUAGAAGGAAUAAACAAGAGGAACAAUUGACUGGUAGAAGUAUUAGUAAGACGUUUUAGGCUAGCUUGGGGUGUCCAAGCUACUAAAAGGUGUAACGAAAAGAACCAAUCACUCACAUGUUUGUAACGUAUAAUCAAUAACCUACAUACGUACUGUACGGAUUUACCGAUCUCUAGUGGCUAAAGGUGGCUGCACAGAGUUGCACGCAUAAAAGUACUACCGCCGAGCAAAGCAUAGCAAUAAUCAAAAUUACCAUCACGACGGUGGCCACACCACACACAAAACAUCCCCACAGGCUAUAAAUUUGCAGUGAGAAAAACUACAGCAUAUUAUACCAGCACAACCUACUAACUGCGCGGGUACCGUGUCCAAUAGAGUGUGCUGGGCAUGAAGCUACUUUUGUAUGUACAAAACACGAGUAUGAGAACGGUGUAGAGAUUAAGUUAGAGAGCGAAGUCAUAAUGACUCCUCAUCGUGAUUAGUCGUUCGUGUGUGGCGUUUAGCGACCGCGAACAGAACCGUGUGUGGUUGCUGCACGUGGCAUAAGCGAAAGACGCUGAUUGAUAUCGUAUUGGUUUCGCGGCUCGCACUUUAGUAGUUUAGUUGCUUUAGCUAAGAACACUAUUUAUUUAUGGCUUUAUUCGAACGAGUAUCGAACGAGAAUUGUAUAAAAUGAUUAAUGAUUCAGUCGAAAACAGGGCGAAGAAUAAUUAGCACGCACAAGCGGCACCACUUCUCGAGUCGAGGGAUAUUCAUGCGCUUUUCUACGUCGAUCCUCAACUGAGCUAGAUUAUGCGAUUCGCUGAAAACUACCGGUAUUCCCAUUUGUGCAAUGUCCAUUCGCACAAUCACACUUGCAUUCCCACAAUUAGUUUUGGUUUAUUUAUUUCGCUUCAAAGUCGCAGAGAUUCGUAUCUCUUUCCAGACGGUAUUAUCAAAUGGAAAAAGGCGUACACGAAAAUGUACAAAGAAAAAUUGUUGGACCACAAAUUCUUUGUUUCAUUGUUUUCGAGCGCGCCGUCCGGAGAGGCAGAACAAGUGAUAACAUGUGGGACAAACCGUCGACCUUGUGUCGGGGUACAAUAUCGAAUUUAAUCGGUUAAUGGCACGUGUCCUUUACACGUUGCUAUGGUAACGAAUGCACCACUACUGUGCGACUAUAUUAGCAACAGCGGUUCGGUUUGGUGCCGUGUGUUGAAAAAACAGCCGUAAAUGGUGCGAAUUCCCUCCGCGUUCAUCGUUACAGAG